AUGUCACAAAGACCCAGGAAUCUCGAAAAUAGAGGGCACCCUGCAGUCAAAUGCUAUCGGAAUGCCUUGUAUGUGGUGCUCUUCAGCAACACCGCUUUCAUGAACCAAGUACACAAAGCUCAUCCGCCAGGCUGUCACGAAAGUACCGGGACCUGUAUGGUGUGCCCGUUUCGCGAUUUGGCGACAAGGUUCGCCGCUCCAGACGAUCAAAGACUCCGGGACACGACCUUUGAUGCGGAUGUUGACAAGUUUUGGAGAAACGCAACCCGUGCAGACUGGCCCUUUGAACUGCAGAACGAUCCUGUGGAAUAUAUGGACAACGUGUUUGGUUUUUUUCAAAGACGUAAGGCAAAUUGGCUCAAGGAUCUUGUAUUCCCAACACCGAAAAAGCUGAGAGCCUGCCAAGAGUGCUCCCAUAUCACAUACGACGAGGCUCCAUUUCCAAACAUUGCAGUCUCGAUGCCCUGCGAAGACUCUUUCCAAGUAAAAUUAGAAACCCAAAUCGCCGCGAAAUACCCAGAGAAUGCAACCGAGGCAGAGUGGUGCAACCAGUGCGGACGGCGCACCAUGCACAACUACACCGAGCCCAUCCAGCGCGUUCCUCUUAUUCUGCCCAUUCAGAUAACUCCGACGUACAAGAAUGACCAUGACACUAUGUAUAAAGGAACUCUGGACCGUCUGGAUCCUUUCCUGGCCUUUUCAAGUUAUCCGGACCCGAAAUCGCAUCCGGAGAAGCUCAAGUACACAUUUUAUCGACUACAUGGGGUUAUCUUGCAUACUGGUGGACCAAGAUCAGACCAUUAUAUAUCUGCCGUGAACUAUCGAGGCCAAGGCUGGCUGCUGUUCAAUGACCAAGAUUCGGAAGAUCCGUCGUUGCCUCUUCGGAUGCAGCAUCGCAGUGCUCCGAGCCGGCCUAUAACGCUAAAGGGGGUUGAGGAGAUGCAAAAGAACGACUGGCGUGUUUUUGUAUUGCUUUAUGAACGGCUUUUCGGGCUUGAUGGCCAGGUCCAGGCGGGUACUGGCGGAACAAAUGGAGAAGAUACAAAUGGACACGAUACAGCAGGGGAAGAUUCCGAUACGGAUGGAGCCGACACAAAUGAACAAGUUGCAACAAAUGGGGAUGCCACGAAUGGAGAUGCCGCAAAUGAAGAAGCUACAAUCUAUCAAGAUACUCCAUAUUUUCUAACAAAUGAAGAUUUUGCAACAGUUGCCAGCCUUGUAGCAGCAGACGGACCUUUUGCAACAAAUGGAGAUUCUCCAAUAAUUGGAGAUACUGGGCCCGUUUGGGACGAUCCAGCUUAUUGGAAUACUGCAACUACAGAAGAAGCUCCAACAAGUGGGGUCGCUGAAACGAAUGGAGCUGCAACAAAUGGAGAAGAUGCUGCAACAUUCAAAGCUCUUUCGGAUUUCCUUACAACAGUCGGGGGAACCCCAAAUCGUGGACGGAAACGAACAAACAGCGCUUCAUAUGGUCCGCAACUAGCCAAGUGCGGGUGUCAAUUUAUGUACCCGUCCACAACCAUCAACCUAACAUACAAUAAUGUCAAUAUGACAUCCCACCUCCUCACCUCCCUCAUAAGCCAACUCUCCACAUACCCUUCUCCUUUCUCUUCUCCUCAAACCAAUAACAACGUGCAAACAAACCAAAGCAAAAACCUCCUCCUCACUCUGCAUUGCCUCUUCCCAAAUGACCUCCUGCUGGCACUCGACAUCAUUGAUCGGCGGCUGAUUCGACGGUAUCACAAUCGCCACGACGAGAAUGGACCUGAAAACGAAGAAGAUAUAUCUAUAAAUGAGGUAUUCUUCGUCGCUUCUACGUCGAAAAACCAGUCCACAACGCAAGACAAGACAUAUGAAGUCCGUUUAAACGCGUGGAACUGCUCAUGUCCAGCUUUUGCAAUGCGCGCGUUUCAACAAUCUUUUCCUCAUUCUGUCAAUCACGAAUUGGAAAAUCAAUCAAAUGAGGAAAAAGGAGAGGCUUGGUUUGGCGGGACGCUGAUACAACAGAAAGAAAAUGUACCAGUAUGCAAACAUCUCCUCGCGUGUGUUCUCGCGGCGAAAUGUGCGUCGCUGUUUGGGCGGGGAAUUGCCGAGGAUCGUGUUGUUGAAAAGGAGGAGUUGGCUGGGUGGUGUGCUGGAUUUGCGGCGUGA